CAUCCCCGUCUCCGGCGGCGGCGGGGGCGGCUCGGUCCCCCGCGCCGGGGGCGACGACGACGACCUGGACAGGACCGCCGCCUCCCCCUCCGCCUCCGCCGCGCUCUCCUCCACCGGCCGCGAGGCUUUCCAUAAGGUGGUCCGCAGCUGGGCCUCAAAGAAAUUCAUGACUGGAUGUGUGAUUCUCUUCCCCAUAGCGAUAACAUUCUACUUCACCUGGUGGUUCAUUCAUUUUGUUGAUGGAUUCUUCUCUCCAAUCUAUGCACAAUUGGGAAUCAACAUUUUUGGUCUUGGUUUCAUCACUUCUGUUACUUUCAUAUUUUUCGUUGGAGUCUUCAUGUCAUCUUGGGUUGGAGCAUCUGUUCUUGGCAUUGGUGAAUGGAUCAUUAAGCGCAUGCCACUUGUGCGCCAUAUCUACAAUGCAUCUAAGCAAAUUAGUGCCGCUAUAUCGCCAGAUCAAAACAAACAGGCAUUCAAGGAGGCAGUCAUCAUACGACAUCCUCGUAUUGGGGAAUAUGCAUUUGGAUUCAUUACUUCAUCAGUCUCGCUCCAGAGCUAUUCUGGUCAAGAGGACCUUUACUGUGUCUAUGUGCCGACCAACCAUCUCUACAUUGGUGAUAUCUUCAUGGUGAACUCAAAGGAUGUGAUAAGGCCUAAUCUUUCUGUGCGUGAAGGCAUUGAGAUCGUUGUGUCUGGUGGUAUGUCAAUGCCCCAGGUUUUGUCGACCCUGGAUCCACAUCCACAUCUGCAUGCAAUCCACACAGACCGAGGUGGAGCGAGCAGAAGCUGAGGCAAACUACCUGCAUACCUGUUCGUCGAUAUCAAGUGUAGAACUCUCAACACAGACCACACCAGUGCGGCGAACAAGAUCCUGAGCGCGAUGCACUAGCAAUCUGUCACGCCUGAGGAUCAAAGGAUCUUGUAAUUAAGUAGAAGUAGGUAACUCACACGCGUUGUCGAUCCGAUGGAUUUUGUACAAUUGGCUUGGACUUUGUCUUUGUAAUGCCGCCCCAGAUGCUUCCUAGCCAUACUUAUAUUUUCUUACGGUUGUUCAAUUGUUUUCUUCUGGCUGUUUCGGAGUCCAAAUUAGCUUUCGGCAUCAACAAUGUCUGACUGAGGUGCCUUACUGUAAAAGAAAACAAUGCCUGCCUGAGUUGUCUUACCUUGAA